AUGACAGCAUCCGAGCCCCUUUCUAAGCUCAAUAGUAUCACGUCGGAUAGCUUCGAGUACAAGCCUUCGAAAGUGGUUGCUCUUUUCCUAAUAAAUUUUGAUGUGAGGCGUGGCUAUCAACUAGUAUGGUCUAAGCAAGUCAAAGGUCGACCACCCAUUGAAUUGAAUGGUUUAGAUUAUAAAGUCUUACCAUCGGGGAUACAGGAACAUGAUAAUAGUACAGUUUUCAUAAGUCAUUCUUGCGAAAAUACAGUGUACUACGGGUUAGGAAGAUUUCGUCAAAAGAUAGUGGAUGCUAAUAAUGAGACAAGUCAAAUUAACCGAGAUGAUGUUAAAAUGUAUUCCUUAGGGAUUCUUUGUGAAUCCACACCUAAUCCCAUGUGGAGAUCUAACGAAUUCAUUAAUAACGGUUGGGAAUACAUUGAUAGGUUAGAUAGUGGCCUUGAGAAGUUCCUCAAGGGAAAUGUUUAUGACAACUUUGCCAUAUUUGAUGAAGUUUUCGAUAAUGUGACAAAUACACAUUUGAGAGUGGGAAAGCCCAAUGUCAACAUUAACAAUCACCUUCUAAGCAAAUUGCCCUUAAUGUUCCAGUCAUUAGGUCCAUUAGUAUUUUCAUUAUUUAAACAAUGCUUAUUACGCAAGAAGAUAUUAAUAUUUCAUCAAAAUCAUAGCAAAAUCGAUAAUUUCAGUCUGGGUGCCUUUACAUACUUAUUAUCCCUAUUAUCGGCAGUACCCAAUGAUAUGAAGAUCUAUAGUGAUGCAUUGACAUACUCACAGCCCUUAUAUAACAUUGGAUUAAAUGACUUGAAUAGCUCGUUGCUUGGAUUACCAGCAACUAUAGCUACAACGAAUGAUGAUAUAUUGAUGUACCAGAAAGACCUUUAUGACUACGCGUUAUUUUUGCCUAACGAAGAGUAUGGGAAUUCAUAUAUCCUAAAAUCAGACACGAUAGUGAACAGCAUGAAAAGUCCCUUAGACUUCCUUAACCAAAGAGUUAAAGCUACUCUCAAGGAUUACCAUAAAUUCAAGUUAAUAUAUAAGCAAUUGUUAACGAGAACCCGCAGCCACACAACGAAUGCGUCGACGGAUGACUUGGCCUCAAUUAAGACAUCUAAUUCAAAUGUCUCAUCUAGAGGCUGGGGAUUUAGCUCCCAAAAGGAUGAGGCAUACUUGGAAGCAGAACCUACCUGGUGGUUAGACUCUGCUACCUGCCCCAUUUCAUGGAGAGAAUAUGUUUGGUCUGCAUUUUCGUGGUUUGCAUCUGCUGGUACAGUUAGCGAAGAUUCAAAUACGUUAGAAACUAACGAUGAUCAUCCAUCAAGACCAAUCAACAAUGACGAGUCUGCCCUUAAUGAGGAGGAUUCCAGGCGCAAAUUGAUCCAACUAGUGGAGAUCAUUGGUCGUUUCCAUAUGCUCUCCAAGAAAUGGUUCUACUUAAUGAACGAAAUUAUCCGAGAAGAAUUAGAUGAACAAUCUCAAGUGAGUGAAUCUACAUUUACACAAUCAGACCCUAAUGGACCAUUAUUGGCGAAUAUUGACGAAUGUUCCAAGAUAAGUAUUGAAUUGACCUACCAAGACAUUAUUGAUAUGGAAUUAGAUCCGUACUCGGAGCAAGAUUUACAAUUUGUCAAAGACUUUGUAUUACUUUACUGGGGAUCAGUAGUUACAAAUGUAGAGAUUGGUAUCGGACUAAGUGGCAUUUGUUGUUAA